AAUUUUUUACUGUAAAAGGUUCUUGGAGUCUUUACAAUACCGGAUUGAAGGAAAGGUGGAAUCAAUCGACAUCAAGUUACUGCUAGUUAUUGAAAUAUAAUAAUAGAUCCAUUCAAGCUCUUCCAAAUACAAUCAGUUGAUUCCCACCUUGUCUUGCAACAUCAUCUUCACCAUCAUCAUCUUUAUCAUCAUCAUUUUCAUCUUCAACCAUCAUCGUGGUCUAUUGAAAUCUAUUGGUGCAAAAUAGAUUCACAAUAUUUUGUCUCUUGUUGGAGGUGGUGUUAACCAAAUUUGUUUGCUGCUUUGAAACCUGAAAUAGCAGAUUGUGUGCUCAAUGUUGUUUUGUUAAUACAAUAGUAAAUCACUAUCAAGACUUUCUCAAUUGAGAAUCAAAUUCAAUCCGAACAAUCAACAUUAACUUUUUCAACUUACCUAAUUUUUUUACCUUCCCAUUAUUCAUUUUUAUUUUCACCAAGUUUUAACGAGAUUAAACGCUCAUUUUUAUUUUAACCCAUUCUGAAUCAUUUUUUACUUAAUCUAUGAUUUGAUUUGUAGUUUCAACUAAUAUAUUUAAUAUAUAUUACCAAUCAACUAUAACAAUCAAAAAGGAUUUACAAAUUUGUUAUCAAUUCUGUUUGUUAAACAUGGUUGCCAUCACAUCAAUCACUCAAACUUAUUCAAAGAAUGAGGUUGACAGAAUUCGUGAGAUUAUCAAUGAGAAUCUAACUGAAAGAAAAAUGUCCAUCCGAUCUAAUAAAGAAACCUCAUCAUCGCCAUCGACACCAUCAAUCACCACAUCACCAACAGUCUCCUCAACACCAACCAAAUGGUCAACAUCACCUGAAACCUCACCAGAAUCAACUAAACACCCGCCAAUAGAACCAACCCAAGUAAUUGUAUGGAGAAAUGUCUUUGCCUUUGUUAUUCUACACUCUUCACUUGUUUAUGGACUAUUCAAAUUGUUUACUAACCCUCCUUGGUUAACCAUGGCUUACGCAUUUGUCUUUGGAUCCUUCAGUGGUUUGGGUAUUACAGCGGGUGCUCAUCGUCUCUGGUCCCAUCGAGCUUACAAAGCUAAACUUCCUUUGCGAAUUUUUCUCGCAAUUUUACAAACAGUUUGUGGACAGAACAAUAUCUAUGAAUGGUGUCGAGAUCAUCGAGUUCAUCAUACGUACAGUGAGACGGACGCAGAUCCACACAAUGCCAAUCGAGGCUUCUUUUUUGCGCACAUGGGUUGGUUAUGUGUUAAAAAGCAUCCUGAUGUAAUCAAUAAGGGACGCUUAGUUGAUUGCUCUGAUUUAUUAGAGGACCCGGUGGUUCGGUUUCAAAAAAAUUACUUCCUUCCAUUGGCUAUUCUUUGUUGUAUAAUUAUUCCCUCAGCAAUUCCAAUUGUCUGUUGGAAUGAGUCUUUUUGGAAUGCAUUUAUGCUUGCCGGUUUGGCUCGUUAUUGUAUAUCUCUCCACUUUACAUGGCUGGUUAAUUCUGUGGCUCAUCUUUGGGGUAAUCGUCCAUAUGAUGUUACCAUAGGAGCUCGAGAAAACAAAUAUGUAAUCAUUGGUGCACUUGGUGAAGGCUUCCACAAUUAUCAUCACACCUUUCCCUGGGACUAUUCAACAUCAGAGUUGGGUUGGAGAUGGAAUCUGACGACUUGCUUUAUCAACACAAUGGCCAAAAUUGGUCAGGCCUAUGAUUUAAAGACUGCACCAGUUAAGAUGAUUGACGCUCGUAUUAGGCGGACUGGUAACUUUAAGGAACAUUAUUCGUCUCAUGGCAAUUCAGUAAUGUCAACACUUUAAGGGGAAUAAUCAACAUUUAACAAAAAAAUUCAAACACGGGAUUGAAUUUCUAUUUUUAGCUUUAAUUACAACCAAUGCUGAUGAAUCCAAGUAAUUGUUCUAGAUAACUGAUUUCUUACUUGAUUCUAGGCAAUCGGUUAUAGCCAUUUUUAAUCUCUCAUCAAAUUUAACUGGAGAUUAUUUUUACAUUAUGUUUUAGACCUUUUCUUAAUUUUAUUUGUUUUUUUCUGUUUUUUUGUUUGACUUAUUUUACAACAUGUUGAUGUUAAAUAAUGAUUCACCAUGAAAACUAACCCAUAAUGAGAUUAUCUAACUCAUAAUGCAAUUUAUUGUCUAUUUGCUUGUCUUUAAACUUUUAUGUAUCAUCUCUGCUCUUCAUCUCAUCUUAUCCUCAUCAUUCUUCAACAAAUCUUCACGCCUCUUCCCUUAUAACAACAUUAAGAAAGCCUACCAUUCAAACUCUAGUUUUAAAUGGCCUCUUCAUAAUCUAGUUAACCUUUAAGUUAAGGUUGGGUCAAGGAUAUAAGUCAUCACUUGCGCUUUGAAUUACAAAUGUAAUUCAAGUCUCCAAUUUUUAGUUCAAAAAAAUUCACAAUGUAGUCACGAAGCAGGUAAUAGUUAAUCAUCAAUAAAUUGUACGAGUUAAUUAAUCGUUUGUUACAAAUCCCCGCAUUCCACUGUGGAACUGUCAAAAUAAUUUUCCCAAUCGAUGCAUUAAAAUUUCCUAACAAAAAAGAA